CUAAAUGAGUGAUUUUUUUGAUACAAUAAUACCUUUUAAUUGCUAGCAUUAACGAAUCAUGUUACCGUAAAAGGUGGAUGUCCAAUGGAAGACUCAAAGUAUCUGCAAGAGUGCAUAUUGUCUGGUAUCAUAUAUAUUCCUUUCAAGUGGUACAAAUCAUUUCUCAAAUUAAUCCAAACAAGGCUGUCGAGAAAUGGCUUCACCCAGCGUAGAAGUGCCUGCCGGCAAUAAUGGCGGUGGCGGUGGGGCAGUGCAUCGGUAUUUUGGCGGGUACACCGAUAAAGAUAUGGUGGAUGCAGCAAAUCCGCAAAUUACUAUCAUAGUGGCCACUCUAAUAACAACCAUAACCUUCGCAGCCGCGUUCGCAGUGCCGGGCAGCUACGAGACCGAAGCUCAACCCAAAGGCGCGCCGAUCCUCCUAAAAAACGCCGCUUUCCAAGCAUUUCUCGUCACCAACACAGUCGCUUUCGUCUGCUCUCUCGCCGCAAUCUUCGCUUACAUCGUCAUGGUCGAGGAAGCGAUGCUUUACAAGAGAUCCAAACCCAUCUGGCUACUCUACGACUACUCUGGAUUUCUGGUUCUUGUCGCUUUGAUAGCAAUCGUCCUUGCGUUCGUUACGGGGAGUUACUCCAUUUUAGCGCAUGCGCAUUCAACCGCCAUUGCUGUUACUGUCACUGUCUUGGGCCUCACUUUCUUCCCUCUUAUUUUUUACGUUUUACGAAUCUUUAUUCUAGGGGGAGCGAUAUCAAAUACUGAAAUACUUGACUUGUAAUUUUAGGUUAAUGACUUUCAAAUUUGUAUAUUCAGUUGAGUUUCGAUUUAAUCUUAAUAUUAAUGUAUAAAAUAAAAUAAAUUAA